AUGGGAGUGCCGAAUCAGGCUGCGCGGCAAACCACAUAUCAGACGUACACUCGGCGCCUCUUCGACGAACUUUUCGCUGUGCGAGACAGCGGCGCAGCCUGGGUUCGAUAUUCAGGACCGAAGAAUGACAAGACCGGAGUCGAAAAGAAGAGUUCUGCUUGGCUGGUAAAGGAAGUUCAUGUCAAUCCCCAGCCGUACACACGUUUCAGCAGCCACGAGUACGACGAUCAGCUAGCCCAAGCACCGACUGUGGGUGGCUCCUCUCUUGUCCGUCGUGGACGCGCGGUGCGGCGACGCCUUUCCCUCUCUGACUGUGCUACACCUUCUUGUGCAGAGGAUGGCGAUCAGGCUCCGGCGCCACCUGACGAUGAUUUUUCUGGUGGUGGCGUGGUUGGCCCUCCUUCGUGGCGUGAGGAGCAGAGGGAUCUGUAUAAGAGACUCUGUGCUGCCCUUUUCGAGCUGUCAUCGGACUUAGAUCAGAAGGCGGUUGUCGCGGUGAUCUCUGGCGUGACUGCGGGCACCCACCUUGAUGCUGCUGAUUGCGACGCUGUCUUUGUCUUUGUGGCCCACGAGAUUGAGGAUUUGCGUGCAGAUCCGGUUGAUUGCCCGUGGUCGGCAACUCAUCUUGGCUUCAUCGAUUGCGCCUUUGAUCGCAUGCGGCGAGAGGACUACUGUGCCAAGCCCCGCUGCUCGCUCUCUGACUGUCAAUCCCUUCCUGGCGGGGAUGGCCCUGUGUUGGCUGUAAGCUGUCACGCCCCUUGCUCAACGGCCGGUCCCGAGCAAGUGUGCCCUGGCCCCGACCCCGCUAGGCGGUUCCCCUCCUUAAGUGACUGUGCUUCCUCUGGUGGUGCUAGUGGCCUUAGCAAGCGAUCGCAUUGGUACGCUUUGUCCUCUGCUGAGAGUCGCACGGUGUGCGCUGUCGCUCCUUUGCCGCCGAGGCGCAUUAGAGGUAAGCAGGCUACUCCUUGGGCAACUUUGGCUGCCAUUGCUAGGCAUGACCAGGGCAGUGCUGGCCAUCAUGAUGAUGCUCGGGUUCCUGCAUCGGAUUGUGUGGAUGCUUCUUGCGGGGCUGGUUCGUCGAAGCUCGCUGCUUACCGUGCGCGUGGCAUCCUGAUGUUCAGAGGCAGCACGGCCGCUUCAUCGGUAGGCUGCUCUGGCUUCUCUCGAAAUGUCAUCAAGAACACGAAGCAUUCGCAUCGACUUGAGGCCAAGGAGCGCACUCUUGGACUUGAGGGAUACUCGGUUUUCACGUGGCCGCGCUUGGGCGCGAAAGGCAGCAGGGCUGUUACAUGGGCUCGCGCUCAUGUUUGCGAGACUGCCGAUCCUGAGACGGUGAAGCGCCGGCAGAAUCAGGAGUUGGAUGUGCCAGAGGGCUCCGCUGCUACGUUCAAGGCUGCCUGUACUAAGUUCGGUCUGCACCUCUACUUGGCUUCGGCCACUCAGGGGCUAUGUAGAUGCAACUCUGCGGUCUUUGAGCUUUGGGCUGCCGAUCAGUAUUCCAAGGUGCUGGUUACGUCAAUCCAUGCCACUCCUUCAGAUCAUGCUCUUGCUCUUUCUGAUGUGCAGCGGGCGGUUGCAGCUUCUAAGGAAACGCGCUUCGAGUGGGUUUUGCUCGGCGACUUCAACCUGGAUCCGCACGACGAUGUUGAGAUGAGCCAAGUCAUCUCACAGGGUCUGGCUUGGCAUUGGGAUGAGCCCUUUUCUCAGCUUCCUGCUACGCGUGCCAGCGGCAGGCGGGUGGACUAUGCGCUUGGUUCCGGGCGGGUUACUCCAACGGCUGUUUUUCAGGCUUGGACGUUUUCUGAUCACGCCUUGGUUGGGUACGAGGUGGACUUCUCGAGCCCUGCUGGCUGUUUCGCUCCUUCGCGGCGACCUCUGGCACGUGACGUGGUCACUGACGAGGCUUGGCAGCAGGUUUGGGUUGACGGCCUCCUCUUUGACACGUACCUUCGGGAGAGCCAGGUGGACAAGGCAUGGUCGUUGCUGUCUGACGCCGCUGAGUGUGUUCUUUCGGUUGGUGGCACCCGGGCACACCGGUUGGGCAAGAUGCGUUCUUCCUUCUGGCAGCCUACGGCUCGCAGACCUGUCUCCAAAGCCGCCCGUGGGGUUGAGCCUUUGGUUACGGUUCAGCUGCGUCGUCUUCACCGUCGUCUUCUUCACCUUCGGCUUCACCCUCGCGAAACGGCGCUUCGAGCUGUGGUCAAACGGCAGUUGCAGAGGAUGGCCAUUCCUGUACCUCAGCUUUCUGCUCUUCGUGGUUGUGCUCCGGAGUCCUGUGUCGACUUUGUUGCUAACCUCGUCACUGAGUUAGAGACUGCGAGUCGCGAGCAUGCUAUGAGCUGCUGGCGGGCUCGCAUGCAAGACGACCCUGGUUUACUACGGGCUUGGGUGAGGCGCCGUGCUCGUGAUGAUGCUGAUCUGAAGCGUCCUGUCCCUGCGGCGGACUCUGGUGUUUUGGAACAAGCCAUCCAUCCGGUUCGGAUCAUCGACGAUGCAGAGCAGCAGUGGAUGGACAAGUGGGGUCGCAGGCCUUCCUCGCAAGGCUGCGCCGCGGUUUCGCGCCUGUUGUCUUCGAUACCGGCCCGUGCCAUGGUUCAGGAUUGGCAGCCUGACCUGUCUGGUCCUGCGCUUCGACGUGUGGCCAUGUCCAUGCUGGGCAAGGCCGCUGGACCCGACUCGUGGCGUGUCGAGGACUGGCUUUUGCUGCCUGACGGGUUUUGGUGCUCUUUGUCUCGGCUCUGGUUGCAAGUUCUGGCCUGCGGUGUCGUGCCUGCGCGGUGGUCAGAAGGCAAAGUCGUUCUCAUUCCCAAACCCAGCAGUGGGAUGAGGCCGCUGACGGUUCUCAACGUGGCCUGGCGCGUCGGCGCCAAGGCGCUAGCCAUGUCUCUGAGGAGCUGGACUACAUCGUGGGCCAGUUGUCGCACGCUGGGCGGCGUCAGCCGUCGGUCGACACGUGAUGUCUACUUGCAGGUGUUGGAGUCGUUAGACUGUGAUGAGAACUGCUACGUGCAACAAGACCUUAGCAAGUUCUUCGACAGCGUGCAGAUUCCUCAGCUUCUCCUCACCUUGGAGCGCUUCGGUGCCCCCAGGACUUUGCGCGAUUUGGUGCGUGGCUUCUAUGAUUCACAUUGCCGUGUUUUCUCAUACAUGGGCACUUGUGGCAAGGGGUGGAGGCGCAUCACUUCGGGUAUUGCUCAGGGGUGUCCCCUGAGCCCGGUCCUCGUGGCGGCUGUGAUGGCAACGUGGAGCUUCUGUGUCGAAGGCACUGACGACUCCAACUCUGGCGUGGUCCGCACUGUGUCCUUCGUGGAUGAUCGGCUUGUGUGGAGCUCUUCUGCUGAUGCUUUGUGCGGAGCCAUGAAUCGGAGCAAUGCCUUUGAUGCUGCUUACGACUUUGACUGCGACCGUACCAAGAGCCGGGUGGGGGUUCGUGCUGGGAGCGUGGCUGGAGCAGCUUUGGCUGCCUCGAUGGGCUAUGAUGCCCACGACUUUCUGGACCUCUUGGGCAUCCGCAUCACCUUGAACGCUGGUCAGGUUCCAGUGGUGGGUCGCUUCGAGCUUACGAGGGCGCGGCGCUUGAUCCACUUCAUCGGGGUCACUCCGGCUGCGAUGGCGCUGAAGCAGCUCAUGCUCCGUUCUUUGGUUCUCCCAAUGGCCUUCUGGGCAGGUGGCUACGCUCGUGUCGAAGUGGAGGACCUUGUUAAGCUGAACAACGAGGCCACGUGGCUCUUGGGCACUCGCAAUGUCGCCGACGCUGCCAGGGUGGUGCUGUGCGAGGUUGCUGGUUGGGAUGCUUGGCCUUCCUUCGUUUACCAGAAGUCUGCGCUUGUUGAGGCCAUUCGCUUGGCGUCUACUCCUCGCGACUGGAUUGAAGACGCUCCGCUCACCUUUGUCAGCAGAAAGUGGUACGACUUGCUGCCUGUCACUAACGAGGUGCUCAGGGACUUGGGCUGGUGGACCAACCAGGCUGGUGCGCACCUUUUCCGGCGCGACUCUGUCGGUGUUCUUCGCCAGUUUCAGCUGGGCUUUGACAAUAGAGAGGUGCUCUUUGAGUGGCUCCGUGAUGUGCAUCGUAGACUGCGGCUCGCUGCUUGCAGUCGUGUUUGCAGGUCGCUUCACCGUGAUCCGCAGCAGGACUUGGCGCAGGGGCUGGACCUGCCAGGGCCUCCUCCGGGGUCGUUGUGCCUCUUUCAGGGGCAUGUGAGGGCGUGGAAGCGUGCCCGUGACGCUUUGGACAGAGCAGCUGCGCUGGCUGGUGGCUGUUCUUCGUGGUACAAGGUGCAGCGUGACUACACCAGCUCUCUUCCUGCCGCUUCGCAGCUUCGGUGCCUCUGUGGACUGCGGCAACCUUCAAGGCCACACUUGAUGUGGGCGUGCCCACGCACUGCCGCUUUUCGGGCUAGCUUGGGGACCCUCCCACGCGGCUUGAGGAGCGUCUUUUUGCCCGAAGUGUUCCUGAGGCCUCCAGACGUGGUGGACUACUCCGGCUACAUCGAGGACGUUGCGGAGGCCAUCGACAUCAGGUUGGCGCGAACUCCGUGCUCCACGCUGUUUGUCGCCACUGAUGGCAGCGUGAUCGACACCGUCGCCGCGUGGGCCCUGGUUUUUGAGGAUGAGCAGACUUUCGCUCAAGGUAUUGCUACCGAAGAUCAGAGCCCUCAUCGGGCUGAGCUCGAGGGCCUUCUUGCUCUUUUUCGAGCUCUGGAUCUGUGCAAGUGCACGGGUGUUGUGCAUGUCAUCUGCGAUUGUCAGGCUGCGCUUCUGGUGGCGGAGGGUGGUGGUUGUGAGCGUCUCAUGGCUGACUCUUUCACUGCUCUGCUGUCGCGACUUCGGAGCCGUUUUGAGGUGCAUUGCUGGUGGUGCCCGUCUCAUGACAAAGUGGCUCCGACUCGAUGGGUGCCUCCCCCUUGUGGUGAGGCCCGCGCCAGGCGGCUCAACGCCUCUGCUGAUGGAGCGGCGCGGCGACAGGCUGGACGCCUCGCUGCUGGCUCGGCCAGGCAGCGCUGCCUGAUGUCACGGAGGGCGGCGGCGAGUUGGGAGCUGGAUGCGCUCAAUGCACUUCGCAGCGUCGCUCGCGUAUGGAUGGACGCCUAG